GGGAAACCCUGGCUGGGAGCCACCAGCUCACAGUGUCCUGACCCUCUGAAAGGUGAAGUUGCUGACUCCUAAUCUUGCUCUCUCCAGGCUGUGCUUGGGGCUAAAGUUCCCUGUCAGAAUCCUGCCUUCAUCAGCUUCUGGAGAAAUCUUCUCAGGAGGCUUUAGGUCUGCCUUGCUGCUGAAGUGGAACACAGAUGCCUUUUGUGUGCCUCAGAUUUUAAAACAAGACAGAAGGUAACAGAAGACAUGAGAUUAUGGCUGAGAGGCCUUGUCUGCCAGGCUCUGAGGAGUUCCUGGGGAGCUUGCAGGAUUCACACACAGCCACCACCACCCCCUAUCCCUGAGGUUGUAGCCACCUGGGAAGCCAUCAACCUGGGGAGGCAGCCAGUGCCCGAAUACUUCAACUUUGCCCAUGAUGUGCUGGACGUGUGGAGUCAGCUGGAAAAGACAGGGCACCGGCCCCCAAAUCCUGCAUUCUGGUGGGUGAAUGGCUCAGGAACAGAAGUCAAGUGGACGUUUGAGGAGCUGGGGAAACAAUCCAGGAAGGCAGCCAAUGUCUUAGCGGGCAUGUGUGGCCUGCAACCUGGAGACAGAAUGAUGCUGGUGCUUCCGAGACUCCCAGAUUGGUGGCUGCUCAGCGUGGCUUGUAUGCGAACAGGUGUGGUCAUGAUCCCAGGUGUCUCCCAGCUGACAGCGAAGGAUCUCAAGUACCGGCUGCAGGCUGCCAGGGCCAAGUCCAUCAUCACCAGUGACACCCUAGCUCCGCAAGUGGAUGCCAUCAGUGCUGACUGCCCUUCCCUCCAAACCAAGCUUCUGGUGUCUGACACCAGCCGUCCAGGCUGGCUCAAUUUCCGCGAACUCCUGAGAGCAGCAUCUCCAGAGCAUAGCUGCGUGAGAACAAGAAGUGGAGAUUCAGUGGCCAUCUACUUCACCAGUGGAACCACAGGGGCCCCCAAGAUGGUGGAACAUUCCCAGUGCAGCUAUGGACUGGGUUUUGUGGCCAGUGGAAGGAGGUGGAUGGCCCUGACUGAGUCCGACAUAUUCUGGAACACAACUGACACUGGAUGGGUGAAGGCAGCCUGGACUCUCUUCUCUGCCUGGUCCAAUGGAGCUUGCAUUUUUGUGCAUGAGCUGCCCCGAGUUGAUGCCAAAACUAUUCUAAAUACUCUCUGCAGGUUCCCAAUAACCACCAUUUGCUGUGUUCCAACCCUCUUCCGGCUACUUGUACAAGAGGAUCUGACAAGGUACAAAUUCCAAUGCCUGAGGCACUGUUUGACUGGUGGAGAGGCCCUCAACCCUGAUGUGCGGGACAAGUGGAAGAGCCAGACAGGCCUGGAGCUCCAUGAAGGCUACGGACAAUCAGAAACAGUUGUCAUCUGUGGCAAUUCAAGAGGCUCAACAAUCAAGUCUGGAUCUAUGGGGAAAGCAAGCCCACCUUACGAUGUGCAGAUUGUAGAUGAAGAAGGCAACGUCCUGCCUCCAGGAAAAGAGGGAAAUAUUGCUGUCCGCAUCAAACCUACUAGACCUUUCUGUUUCUUCAACUGCUAUCUGGACAAUCCUGAGAAGACAGGAGCAUCAGAGCAAGGAGACUUUUACAUCACUGGGGACCGAGCACAUAUGGACGAGGACGGCUACUUUUGGUUCUUGGGGAGAAAUGACGAUGUAAUCAACUCUUCAAGCUACCGGAUUGGGCCUGUUGAAGUAGAGAGUGCACUUGCUGAGCAUCCAGCUGUCCUGGAGUCUGCUGUGGUCAGCAGCCCAGAUCCCAUUCGGGGAGAGGUGGUAAAGGCGUUUAUAGUCCUUUCUCCAGCCUAUGCUUCUCAUGAUCCAGAAGCCCUGACCAAGGAACUCCAGGACCAUGUGAAGACAGUGACUGCUCCAUACAAGUAUCCCAGGAAGGUGGCUUUUAUUUCGGAACUGCCAAAGACAGUUUCUGGAAAGAUCCUAAGGAGUAAAUUGAGAAACCAAGAGUGGGGGAGAUGAGUUGCAACCCAAGAAAGAUGCUAUGAUACCUGAAGGUUCCGAAGGAGAAGGAAGUGGGGCUGGCCAGCUCCUCCUUGGAGUACUAUCCCUUCAAAGAAUAGGCAUCAAAGAUGGUCAGCUUCCAAAUGGGCAUUUUGGGAUGAUGCUGGAGAAUGCAAGAGCAUCCCUGGUCCAGAGCUUGGAGACACUGCCCAGUUCAGCAAAUUCCCCACAACUUAACUUCUCUCUCUGAAGACAUCCUCAGCAUUGGUUUUACUAAGAGAAUUCUGUUGUUCCUGGGACAGACAAAUCACUGCAGCCUCAGGGCAUCCGUGGUUUUAUUAUGCCAGUGGGAAUGUAAACUGUGACCCUUUGGAUGAAGUCAUUUGGUAACAGCAUCUGGGUCAUAACAUUGACCAUACCCUUUUAUUUAGAAAUCACACUUUUGGGACUCACUAGAAAAGAAAAGAUUCAAAAUGCAGAAAACGUUUGAUAAACAAAGAUUCAGUGAAGCACUGUUUAAGACUGAAAACACACAUAACUGCCAAAACAAUAGAGCAAUAAUUAAAUCAAUUAACACUAGUCCCAUCAAUUAAUGUGAGUAUCCAAGUACUUAGGCACAGCCUGUACGCGGGGAGCGGGAACAGAGCUAAUUAAAGUUUAAAGGGAAAACUGCCACUGGGAAGUGGCUGUGAGGAAACACUGGAGACAUGACUGGUCCUUUUCCUUAGACACUUGCCAUCUCUCAGGUUUCCUAAAGUAGAAACAACCAAUUCAAUGAACAAGCUGUUUUAGAGGGCGAUCUUUUCUUCUGGGCCUGGGAGAUGGUGCUAGUCAUAAAGCACCUCCUGGGUAAGCAUGAGCACCGAAUUUUCAGAUCCCUGAUAGCUGUGUAAAAGCCAGCUGUAGUUAUGUAAAGAUCUGUUCCUCUGUUCCCAGGGCAACUCUAACAUCAAAGUGCUGGUAAGUCAGCUCCAUCCUGAGGUUUCUCUUCACAUUGCAAGUGUUGUAUUUGUCCUGUGCCUCUAUGCUCAUCUCCCAUACCUGCAAAGGAUGCAUACAUACUUGCUUCUCGACCUCCUCCUUGUUUAAGGAUAUCUGUCACUUCCUGCUACAUGAGGCAUUUGGAUGCUCACGACCUAUGUUAAUUUUAUUACUCCUUUAAAGAUUUUGACUUUAAGUAAGGGGUUGGGGGUUACAAGCUCCAGGGACUUCCUGGGCCACAGAGUAAAAACAAUGCCAGUCUGGGUGACUUAAUGA